CAAGGCUGUGGUAGCGGCGCCCGCCCAGCGCUGCCGUCCCGGCAGGACGGAGAGGGAGGUGCUGGCUGCGGGGAGGAAGCUGGAUGAAGACUUGUGCCUCAGGGCGGGUUCGCCGGCCGCUCGGGCAUGAAGGGGACGGUGGGGACUCUGCCCUGCUCUGCCGCCGAGCGGGGACAUCAGGAAGACAGCUGCCUUCAGAUGAUCCAGAACUCACUGACAGUUUUUCUUGUUUCCGUCCUACUUCAUGAGAACUUCAGAAGAUACUGAGUGAUAUUUGCCCAGGCUCAAAAUAUCUCCCACUCCAGAUUUGAAAGUAGUGGAAAAGUUAGACAAUUCUCUCUUGGGAAGAGACUGAUUGUAGCUUAUUCAGAAGUCCACAUUAUUUCAGAUCUCUAAGCAGAUGGUACGUGAACAAUACACUACAACAACACCUGGCACUAGCCUAGAGAGGCCGAAGAAUGAGUAUGUCUACAAAAUCGGAAUUUAUGGCUGGAGAAAGCGUUGCCUCUACCUGUUUGUUCUCCUCCUGCUUAUCAUCCUAGUUGUGAAUUUUUCUUUGACAAUUUGGAUUCUUAAAGUGAUGUGGUUUUCCCCAACUGGAAUGGGACACCUGCGUGUUACGAAAGAAGGUCUUCGUCUGGAAGGGGAAUCUGAAUUCUUAUUCCCUCUUUAUGCCAAAGAAAUCCACUCUCGAGUGGACUCAUCACUGCUUCUCCAGUCUACUCACAACGUGACUGUUAAUGCUCGCAAUUCAAAUGGGGAAGUCACAGGCAGAUUAAAUGUGGGUCCUAAAAUGGUAGAAUUCCACGGUCAGCAAUUUCAGAUCAACUCAAAGGACGGCAAACCACUUUUUACAGUGGAUGAAAAUGAGGUUGUAAUAGGCACAGAUAAACUUCGAGUCACAGGGCCUGAAGGAGCACUUUUUGAGCAUUCUGUAGAAACACCACUUGUGAAAGCAGAAGCCUUUAAACAGCUUAGGCUGGAAUCGCCAACUCGUUCUUUGAGCAUGGAUGCACCACGAGGUAUUAAUAUCAAAGCGCAAGCUGGGAAUAUUGAAGCUCUUUCCCAGAUGGAUAUCAAACUUCACAGCAGUGAUGGUGUACUUUUGCUGGAUGCUGAAACUGUGCGACUGCCCAAAUUGCCUGAGGGUACAAGGGGUGGAUCCGGUAUUUCUCAGGGGCUCUACGAAAUCUGUGUUUGUCCAGACGGAAAGCUCUAUUUGUCAGUGGCCGGCGUGGGUUCCACUUGCCAUGAAUACAGCCGUGUCUGCCAGUGAGGCACCAGAAAAAAACCUUGCUGGUUUGAUUUUUAUAUUACUGCUGAAGAGCAUUACCAAAACCAGAAUUUUAAGUUUUAAAAACAAAGUACUUCAGUUAGGAAACAAAUCUGUAUAUACAAUUCUGGACUACAGGGUGAAAAGGGAAGAAGAGCACAAAUAACAUUUCAGCUUCAAAAGAAUGACUUUAAUCAAAUUACAUGUUCUAUCAGUAACACUUUGAAAACAGCCUUACAGAGAACAUAAAAGAAAGGAAUAUGUUUCCUUGCUGAACUAUUACUCAGUCAGACUAUUAUGUCACUGUUAGUAUUUUGGUUUUUUUUUCUCUCACUACAUGUAACACUUACUGCAUUAGUGGGUGAAAUUAAAUUGAGGGAAUAAUGCUAAGACAAAGCAUUAGUUGGGGAAUUUGAAAAGUGCCAGCAAAUGGUCUAUGCAAUUUUGUUCUUGCAAUAACACAAGAUAUGAAAAAUGUGGUAUUUGUAUAAGUUCUGUGUAAAAGGUUAAUUUGCAAAUAGCUUUCUGUUGUAAUUUGUCAGCAUAUAUGCUGAUCUGCUUAUUACUGAGAUUCAUAUAAAAAUAACCAAUACAAAAAGCUUCAGGAGUCAUUUAUGCCACCUAUGUCUCAAAUCUGUUCACUAUACAACAGAGAAAUAUGUCAGUAUAUUUUAUAAUAGCCGUAGUUUGUUUUAUUGCCUGUACUGUCAUACUCAUUUAAACCCCAUGCUAAUUCAACAAGGCAAUUUGCUUUGCCAGCUGGACUAGUAAAAAGAAAAAAAACCUACAUGGCUCCAGAUUGUCUGACACAAGGAACUGUUUGGGCGGUGGGGAACAAAGUUUUUCUGCAGCCCACAGGGUCCAAUUAAGAGGACUAUUUACAUCUGCAGCUGUUGACUGAUACUUCUGAUCCUGUCAGAGCCAGACUCCAUCACAAAUGGAGAGAGUAAAACUAAUCUGUAUUAUUUUUUACAUUUGGAUACAAAAUAAAUGCUCACCAGAGCUGACAAACCAUUUAUUGACCUUGUAGAGAAACACAACUGCAGACCUAUUCCCCUGUACAGUGUUGCACUAAACACAAAUAAAUUGUUUGCACACCUCUGGGUAGCAAGAUUAGUACUGAAUAGUCUGUUCUUUAAAACUCAGGGGAUUUUAACUCCUUUGAUGCUGUUUUGUGUAUAUUUGAUGAUCUUAUUACCCAGGUAGGAGCUGCUACCACAUAGUGCCUUGGUGUCUACUUAGAGAAAGAUUUUAACCCGUAACUGUUUUUAAACCACGGAAUGUCCAUCCUUUAGAGAAAGGAAUCAUCAUCCUUAAAGCAGGAGAAUCAGAACAAAAGAAUUACUAAAACUAUCCUGUUUUUUAAACUUUCUACUUCAGCUCUGGUGGACAAGCAAAGAAACCCACCACUCAGUUAUGAUCCAAGAUACCAACAAAAGACUGAGCUGAGAAAGAGCCCCCAGUUAACAGUAUCCACUGCUAUUGUGGUAAAACUCUGGGUAGUCCCUGCCUCAAGGGCUGCCUUUGUAAUUUAUCCAAUGAGUCUAAUGUACAAUACUGAAAUUGCCCUUCAUUAGCAGGGUGGAGCCCUCAGUAAUUAAUGCAGACUAGAAGCGCUUCAAUAGGAAAAGUAGGAGACUUGCUUAAGCUGAGCUUUUGGGUCCCUUGAGGCAAAGGAGGCAAGUGAGUUGAGGUCUCCCAUGUUAUUUGGAGAGUACUGAUUGCUGAUGUGUUCCCUAAGUUUUCCCUUAGGGUCUUCCAUUUCUGAAAUCCCCUUUUCCUGUGCUUAUAUAUCUACCUUCAGAAGUAAAUCUAGGGCUGUUGGCCCUAAAGGGAGGAAUAUAUAUCUCUACAACUAUAUCUUUCAACUACAUCUGUCUAUAUCUCUCAACUAUAUCUUUCUAUAGCUAAGCCCUCAGCUGAGGUAGACUUCAACAGAAACUGUCUCCAGCAUUCCUUUUAAGUCAGUUUAGGUGUUUCCAGCUCCAUGUGCAGACUUUGAAAAACGAAGUAGUAGCAGGCUUAGCUUAUUCACUGGGUAGAAAGUAUGAGUAUUAAAAUAAAGGACAGUAAAUUCCAUUGUGUGUGCCAGAUGCUGAUGAACUGCUGCUACAAGUAAUUUGGAGGGCUGUAAUGUCUCCAGUCCUUUAUAUACUCACCAUAGCAGCAAAACUGGACUUGAGUCCUUAGAGAAUUCAGCUGUUACCUAGUUGCAAAGGCAUUUGAAUUGUCACCAUACCUGUGUUUCCUGCAUCAAGGAAUAUAUGCACAGUUCCAUGUGGUACCAAACUGCUCAUUCACCUAAUCUAACCCCUAAAUAUUAGCCAGACACUCUAAAUAAGUAUAUUAGUUACAAUCUGCCUCUCCUGCUGGCAAUGAAAACAUAGCAUUUAAAGUUAAUGCAUUUUGAGCCUUUGGUUUGGACACACAUUUUCAAAUGUGAUUUGCAGUUAAUAUAGACCAAGGGACUGAAUACAGGCUUCCCAGGUUACUACUGGAAACUAACUCUCAACCCUGGAACUACUGAGUACUUGGAAGCCACUUCUGUUACAACUCCUUACACUGAAGUUGCUCUGGGUUAGUUAUUUAUACAAAGUCGUGGUAUACAGCUGGGAAAAUAGGGGUGCAGUUCCCUGUCUAGGAACACUACUAAGCAUUUUGGCACCUCAGUUAUACAUUGCAGUAAAUAUUGCCUUUCUCACUGAAAUAAAACCUUGGACUUGCCUCAGAUCACAGGAAGAACACCAACCUGCCCGUCUUCAGUGUUCAAAUUCCAUUCUUAUUUUCAUUAUGCUACAAAACUGGCAUUGAAAAUACAGUUGCAUUAUACGAGUUUUUUAAAGCAUGACAAUGGCAACUUUGUGUCACUGAAGAAUAAUUUGGGGAAUUUUUUUCCUUUUAGGUGUGGCUAGUGAUGAAAUGAAGUUUAUGCUGAAAUUAUCACAGUGCAAUCAGAAUCUGAAUUGUUGUUAAUCUCAAUGUGGUUCACACAUUUAUAUCUUUUCUGGUAUCUCUGUGUGAAUGUAUUUCCAUCCCUCUUUAAUACUUCAAAAUUACAAUUUCUAUUAGAAUCAAACUUCAGUAAGCAGUUAAACAGAAAAUUACGGCACAGGAGAGUAUGCACUUCUCUAGUUUAUUUUCAAACGAGUUAUGCAAAAGGAGAAGAAAAAAAAUGCACUACCCAGUGAUCACAACAGUGAACUGUAUUGUUUGCAUAUUUUUUACCCUCAAAAGUAAUUAUUUACAGCAGUUCUAGUAACUGGUUGGGAUUGUUAUACAGUGGAAAAGUAAAAAUAUCAAAAUGGUAGCAAAACUUUAUUGGUGAUUGCCCAAACAUAACCCUCUUUGUUCCUAUUUCACAGUCCUUUAGUAGUGACAUUUGCCUAUCUUUAUAUAGCUUUAUGCAAAAGGAAGUUGCAAGAAUUAACUGAAAACUGAGUUCUUGAAUAAACUUUAUACAUUUUGAAAAGUCUGCUUCUGCUU